AGUUGUUUCGAGCUUGGUUGCACUCUUUAUCCAGCGUCCCCGUAUUUGUCCAAGUGGACAGACUGUUUCGCCCCCACACGGUUUUCGGCUCCUCCGAGAGCUUAAUAUGCCAAUUGGCCACGGUGAGGAGGCAAAAACCCGUUUGACUGUUUCCAAAACGUCUCAACGAGAGACCUUUAAAAGCCCAAGUCCCACUGGAAGCAGAAGCCCAUCGACAACUCCACGAAAAUCCACGAGCACGUCGCUCCAAGUUCCACGGUCAGCACCGAACACGAAACCGAAUUCAGACUUCUCACCCCAAGUUAAUAAAGCAACCGCAAAAAUGGCGCAAGCUAAGGCAGACAGGGCCUUGAUGAAAUUCAUGACCAUAACCGAUAGAGUAGGUCAGUUCGAGGCCAGAGUCAACACCCCAACAGACACAAUUCCGUCAAUCCACACAAGUAGGGUGCGACUCGAGCAGAUCAGAGCCCUAUGGGACAAGGUGGAGAAGGAAUACGAGGCGUGCUCCGAAGCUCUAUCCGGUCUGGGAUCCACAGACACAAUAACAGUCAUGCAGUCCAAGUAUGACUACUGUUAUGCCGUUUACGAGCGGUGCGCAGCGAGCCUCAACGAGAUCAUUGAAGAAGGUUCACGCUCGCAACAGGCCGUUCAGGCCUCCAUUCCGGCGCCUCCUCAGGAGGGUGUCGCUUACCCCCAGUCGAGUGCGACAGUUUCAGUGGGGACUAUGUUCACUGGCCCACGUUUCGGGAUCUUUUCUCAGCCAUCUACAUACACAACCCUCGGCUUUCAGAAGUUGAAAAGUUGUUCCAUCUCAAUGCUAAAACUAGUGGUGAGGCUAAAUCCAUUGUGGCCUUAUCACCCUUAACCAAUGAUGGAUUCGAAUCAGCCUGGAGAAACUUGC